UCAAUCAUCUUAACAAGAACUUCAAAAAACAGAGUUCCUCUACUAUCUCACCAUCUAGUUUACCAAAACCUCUUCUCUUUACAUCAUGGAGAAUCUCAGAACCCUUUCGAUUCCAACUCAAGCCACACCCUAUCUUCUGUUCAUCAUGCUCACAGUAGCUCUCACCACCACCUCAGCAUCCCGAAUCCUCGUCGACGACGACGAAUCCUCAUCAUCUCCAUUGCCAGCGACAUCCUCACCAGCCACCUCUGCUUCCCCUGCUACAGCCACUGCAGCAACCUCCACCACCGUUGACCCCGACCACACGUUGACCUUCUUCAUGCACGACAUCCUAGGCGGGUCAAACCCAACCACCAGAGCUGUGACAGGAGUGGUCAACAACCCCGCAAUCAACGGCCAGGUCCCUUUCGCCAAGCCAAACGGCGCCGUCCUCCCAGUCAACAACGGUCUCCCACAGAACAACAACAACAACAACAACAAUCUCCCCUUCCUCACCGGCCUAGCUGGCACCACGUCAGCAACCCUGAUGCAGAACAACAACAACAACGGCAACAAUUUCAACUUCCCUGUUGGCAACGGCGGCCAGCUGCCCACGGGCUCGGCCCUGGCGCAGCUGAUGUUCGGGACCAUCAACGUGAUCGACGAUGAGUUGACCGAAGGCCACGAAUUGGGGUCGCAGCUGCUGGGGAAAGCGCAGGGCUACUACGUGGCGAGCUCGAUCGACGGGACGAGCCAGGCUAUGGCGUUCACUGCUAUGUUUCAGGAUGGACAUUACGAGGACAGUCUCAAUUUCUUUGGUGUUCAUAGGGCUGGGGUUUCGGAGUCGCAGCUCGCUGUGAUGGGCGGGACGGGGAAGUAUGUGAAUGCGAAAGGGCACGCGGUGGUGAAGACGGUUGUUCCGGUUGGUGGUGCAGGGAAUAAUCAUCAGACGGAUGGGAUCGAGACUCUGCUCGAGUUUGCUGUGUAUGUGAUCUACUGAUUUGAUUGAUUGAUGAUUUGGGUUGGUUUGUGUGAAGGAAUUUAAGGUAUGGGGUGUGAUGAAAAAAAAGAAGAAGAUGUGUAUGCAUAUGUGUACAUCUGUGUAAAUUUAGGGGUGUCAAGUUUGGGUACCCGAACUGAUAAGAUGUAUUAUCAGAUUUUUCGGUUUUGGUUUGUUUUGAUUUUGGCUUCGGGUUUUCGGUUUUUGAGUUUUAUUAUUCUGUUUUGGUUUCUGGUUUAGAUAAAAAUAUAAACUCUUCAUAUCCCAUAAGGUGUUUUGGUGGCGAAACCCAAAAACACUCUUAUUAGUUUCGGGUUUGAUUUUCAAAGGAUAACAGGUUUCAAUUCGAUUACCCGAACCAUACCGACAACCCUAUCUGUGUUUGAUUUGUGUGACCGGAGAAAAUUUCCUGACUUUGUUUUUUUUUUCCCCAUUGAGAAGAAGGUAUGGGAUUAACUUUGCACUAGUUCGCAUAAAUUUCUUAAAGAACGGGUCUAUAAUCAUGUUAGGGAAAGUGAACAUGGAUCAUUCAUGUUUUGUCUCCUCUAGUCUAAGUUCCAUUCUUUUUCCUCUUAAUUUGAAUUGUUUCAUGGUUCAAUCAAUGACUAUUGAUGAGAAAUUAACCAACAUGCAUUAUCUAGUAUAAUGUCAAGCUAGUUUAAACGGCGACAAGGAUGACAGCUCCGAACGGACCAAUUUGUAAGCAGAUACUUAUGGUCGGAACCAGCAACAAGGUAACCGACUUGCCACAAGAUGAAAGGAAUACCACGAGAAGCAAUUUGUUACAUUGAAAUCAUUAGAGGAAGUUGACUCUUUAGAGAACCACAAACCACCUGUGAUUAGCACGAUCAAGAGAGAAAGUGUGGUUGUCCUUUCAGAAGAGAGAAACAAACAUCUCUAACUAGGUUAACAUCUUCUUUCUUGUUUUCUCUCUAGGUCAUCUUGUUUUCUCCUUGAAAAUUUUCAUACUAAAAUACACAGAUUAUAGCACUUGUGGGCUUGAAGUAACAAAAAAUAACUUGUGUUUAUAAUUCUGCGAGGGCAGGUAAAUGUCACUAUAAAACACUGGGAUCUUUAGCCAUUGUUGCAUCAAACCAUGGAUUCUCUCUUGGAUCUAAUGGAUGAAGGUAUUCUUUAAUUCACUAGCCCUUCAAUAAAAGGUAUAAACAUCCAUCAAUAACUUAUUGGAAAACUAAAGAGCGCAAUUCGCUGGAACUAUCGCUUUUGCGGUUGUCUCGGCUCUACAAUCACCACAAUACCAUGACAAUAUUUCCGUCGAUACUCCUUAAACACCCUUAGGAAGCGUUUGCUCCCUGCACCCCUACAAUUCCACGUAAAAAAAUUAAGCAUUAAAACCAUAUGGAAAGUAGGUUUAUCAAGACACACACAGGUUUAAUUCGAGGGGGCCUCAUUGCUGAGGCAUCCCUUCGUUAUCUCAUGGUCCAUCGCUGUUGUUGCUUCCUCUGGGCUCCCCUUGUUUAGAGGCAGCUGGUCUGGGGGACGGGUCUGGUUACUCACAUUAGAGGUAUAGCCAUACACUGGUAAGCGGCUCGUGUUUCUAAUUGUAUCUGUUGCGCGGUGGCACCUCCGUUGAGGCUGUGUUGUUACUUGACUGAAUGGUGGAUUUACCUUGUGAUUUCGUCGGUGGAAUAUCGACUAGAGGGGCCAUCGUAAAGGUUCUCGCCGGCGGAUGGUUCGAUGACCACGUCGGUUUUUCACCUUUUUCCGCUCCCCUCGCUGACCUCUUUCCCAUUCUGUUUCGCGGUUUGACUGCUCUCUUCAUUCCUCUUGCGAGUAAUCUGGGAAUCAUCUCUCAGUCUAGAUUCAUUACCUGUAUCCAUCUCUCCGUGUCUCAUUAGCAUUACUUCCUUUGUGCGUACUCGGAACAUUAGCUCGAUUAGGUUGGUCCUUCCUUCGAGUUCUCUUCUUUGCUAUCAUCCAAUCACCAUAGGUUUCCUUGUGCUCUUUUGUUUCUAGGUCAUUAUUCAGCACAACGGUCUCGGUUUCCAUUUCCGCUGGGACAUGCAUGCACGAAUAGUGCCCCCUUUCCCUGUACGUGCCGCACUGCAAACAAAUCUUCUAUAGACCCUCAUAUUGGAUAAAAUACUUUUUCCCAUGUAGCCUGAACAUAGAGAGUAGCGGUUUGGUCAGAUCAACCUGGACACACACCCUAGCAUAAUCACUUCGAGCACCCGUGCUUGUUGCAUGAUCAACUCUCAAUGGCUUCGCAAUACGUUGUCCAAUUUUCAUCACUGUUACUGGGUGAAAAUACUGAAUCGGAAUCUCAAGCAACCGCGCCCAUACCAUCGUGCACGAUAUCUCAUGCUCGUAUAUGUUAAAGUCCUUAGUCCAUGGAUGAACUGUUAAGUAGUUAUCACCCACCAUUCAUGGCCCACCUGUAAUUGCUCUUUCGUAGUCCUUGCCACUAGUAAAACGGACCAAAAAUACUCAUUUUUGGCCGAGGUUACUUGAAUCGUACUCACUUUUUCCAAAAUACUCGUCAACCGUUUGGCCAUUAGCAUAUAGGAAACUGAUCGUCCCAACGCCUUCACCACCAGUGCCAAUCGCCAUUCCCGGUUGAACAUCCUUUCCUCCGCUGCCGAAAAAUAGAUUGGGGGACAUUUGGGAUCUUCCUCACCCUCAAGCCCCGCACUACAAUUAAAUUCCAAACGAAAAAUUCUGACAAUUAAAAAUAAAUUCGAAAGGGCAAUGAGAUGAAAAUGGGUUAUGAGAUGACCAAAUGAAAGAUGGGCUUGCAUUAUGAGAUGACCCAACAUCUCCAUUAUUUCAGAUUGUGGAGAAUUUGGUGCAACUGACGAAAAAGAUGUUAAACCAAUAGUUGUUAUUGUUAACAUGUUUUCUAACUGCUCAUUAAAGAGAUUAGGUGAAUCAUGCAAAGAGUAACACAUAGGAAAUUUGAUUAAUAAUUUGACUAUUGAAAAAGGAGGCACAGGAGGGCAUUUGGUCUAGUGGUAUGAUUCUCGCUUAGGGUGCGAGAGGUCCCGUGUUCAAUUCUCGGAAUUCCCCCUUCCUUUUUUCCCCACUCCCCCACCUGCUUUCUCUACGUCGUCGUUUCAACGUCCACACUUACCGUACCAAUCAGCGGCCCUUGCUCUUGGGCUAGUUGGAUAUACGCUUGAGAUUGGGCCAAGAUAUUUAGCCCAAUUUGAAAUAACUACAGUGUUCGAGCUACGUUUGACAUUAGGCCCAUCACUUUCAGAUAUGGUUUUUAAAAAUUCGGGUUGACCGGACAGUUGAAACUUGAAACCAGGUCGACCGUGACAGAUCCUCGGUCAGCUCGGGUUUGACAGAGUUCCCCUUUCUUAGCCCCGGUGAGUUUUGAGCCGAUGAAAGACCGAAGGCACAUGGUUACUAAAAUACGGUAUGGAAAAGUUACUUAUAAUACAUUUUGUCUCUAAACUCAAGUUUCGUUUGAUAGUACGUUAAUAGUUAUAAAGAUAUAAAUUAAUU